AUGUCUAUGGAAACACCCAAUGGGUUGGUUAGUUUUCCAGUUACGAAACUGCUGAUGAUUGGAUCUAUCGUUCUACCUUUGGCAGCAUCGGUAAUGAAUAGUAAAUAUUUAUUUAUUUUACAUUAUGAACCAUUUAUAUCACAAUACGGACAGUAUUGGAGAAUGCUCACAUUUCAAUUGAGUGCAAUCAACGAAAGUGAUGUUAUACUGAUAGUAUUGAUCUGGUAUCACUUUAGGAAUCUAGAACGAUUAAUGGGAUCCUACAAAUAUAUUUGUGUUAUCGUACUAGCAUUGAUUUAUACCACGGUCAUAUUAAGUUGUUCAUUAAUAAUCCUUAAUAUACUUACACCAUGGAUGUUUUGGAAUAGAUUAACCACAGGCCCAUUACCAAUACUUUUAAGCUUAUUGCAUUUUUAUAAAGAAUAUACUCCACGAAUUUAUGAAUUUAACAUAUUAUUAGCAAGACCUUGGUUCAAACAUAGUAAGAAUCAUUUGAAUAAGGAACAAAUUGUUUGGAAAUUGAAUGAUCAAUUCAUAUUAAAUGCUUAUAUUCUUUUAUUGCUGCUCAACCAAGGAAUAAUCGGGGUAUCAAUUGGGUUCACAAGUUGGAUUUGUGGGAUCUUGAUCGAUCAAGGGCUAUUACCAGGUAUAAAUUCUUUUAGAUUACCUUUCGUCAAAUAUUUAUUGUUUCUCAAUAGAAAUACAUCUACAUUUGUCUCUGGUAACCUUCAUACCAACCAACGAGCACAACGUUUCAAUGAUGAGACUAAUACCGUGUUACCAACAUUAACAUCAUCCAGCACAAGAAAUUCAUUGGGCUUGAACAGAUAUAAUACCGAUACUACAAAUAACAAUGCAAACAAUAGUUUCAUAAACAGCCCAGUACCUCAAGAUGCUAAUCAUGUUUUUAGGAUCGAUGGUGGUUCUAGUACAAAUCUAUUGGGUGAUACUAACGAGACAAUUAAUGAUGAACCACCUCGUCCUUUAGGUGUUCAAUUUCUCGAUACCUUCAGGAGAUAA